AGCCUUCGGCUCGUUUUUCCGUCCCCUCGCCUUGCUUCGCAGGCCUCGGCGAAGCGUGCCGUGCCGCGACGCGUAGCCAUGGGCCGAGCGAGGGCCUUUGCUCUCACGCUUGCCUUCGCUGUGGACCUCAUCGCGGCACUCUACGUGUUGCUGUCCGGCGGCACUGCCACUGGGCUCGGUACCGCGCGCGUCGUGGCCGCGGCGCUGUUCUUUGGCAGGGUGGUGGGUGUCGCGCUGCUGUCCGUGCUGGCCGUCCGCGUGACGCGCGCCCCUGCCGUUCCAGCGGCCAGCGGCAGCGGCGGCUCUGCAGUGCUGGGCGCGCCGUCGGAGACCAAUCGCCCUGCCCGCGCCCCACUGCUGGAAGACUCUGGCGGCCAGGGCGGCGGCUUGGGCGUCGAGCCGGCGCUUGGAGACGAUACAGCGGUGUUGUUAUUUUUGUUCCUCCUCCACCUCCUCGUUCUCUCUUUGCUGCUCCUUCCCCUCCUCGUCCAUCCAUGGCCUUGGCUAUGCUGACCUCGCACGUACACACAC